CGCAUUUGAGUGCUGCUGGAAAACACGACCGCCCGGCAGAAUCGCCGCGCAAGCUCCCUUCCUCUUUAGCUUUCCUGGAAACACCUUUUGGAACUGCCCCACGAUCACAUUGCUUCUGUCGCUUCCUUUGGUCAAUCGCGUCUCGAUAUGCCGAUUCAACCAAACAUCAAAUAACCAUGCCGCCGCGACGCCUAUUUGGACCGCAAUACCUGUCGUGCUUUUACUGUGGCCACACCACCAAACUGCGCAACGAUGGCAGUACAACACACUUCCGGUGUCUCUCUUGCGAUGCCGACAACUAUCGCGAUAGGAAUGGCGAGCCGGUCGACCCUCCAGUGGCACGAACUAAUACUUCGACGCCCGCACCUCGAUACGCUGUCCCACGCCCUGGGUCCCCUCCAGCAAGCCCGGCCAACUCAGUCUUUUGCAAGACGUGCUUAAACAACCAACGUCUUUUGAGUGCCAGUCUUGCCCAAUAUCUUCCCGAUUCCGACGAGUCCGAUGAUUCAGACAACGGGGAGCGAGAGAGCCGGUUUGAUGAGUUUCGCAUUACCCAAGAGCGCAUCUAUCCCCAGAUGUGUGCCGAGUGUGAGCCCAAAGUCCGGCAGCGUCUAGACCAGGCGGCCUACACAGCCAAGACCGAUACCCUUCGGCGCAUGAUGGACCGCAAUUCCAACAUUCGGCGCAAGAUUUACAUCCAGUCGAGGAUGCCUAUAAAGAUACUGAACGGCAUUGGGAGAUUGCUGUGGGUGUCGGGCUUUGUGUUACAACUUGUGUGGCAUAGUUUGCUCUCUACCACAAACACCAACCAGAUCCCAUAUUCCUCUUGGCUGCCAUUGUCAGACACAUUGCUGAAAUGGAGCAUUGGAGCCACAGUUUUGGGGAUGUGGUGGAAUCCACGGUUGUUGGAUAUGAUAGCUGGAAACAGCAGGCAGGUUACCGGGCUAUUUCGCUGGUACUUGAUUCAGUUUAUUGCCGUCUUCUCGCGUAUAUAUCUACGUGUUGCUCCAGGGUCUGCAAAUGCUGCUUUGCGGAAGUUGCCCUUCCAAACCAAUUUGCAAAUCAUCGGCGCGACUGCUGCCACCAUACUAUUUUUGAUUUCAUGGCAAUCGGUCGGCCUCAAGCCUUUGCCUGUAAUCAAACCAACCGCGAAACAAUCAAACCAGUCCUCAUUACGGGGGAGACCAGUCGCGAAGAAGACGCCUGCCUCUUCCGGAGCCAAACCCAGAGCCUCCAGUGCAAAGAAGGACACCAUAAAGUCUCUGGGAGAUCUGUUGGAUGAGCUGGAGCAUAUUGAGAGCUCCCCUCCAGAACCAAAACGACCAAGCACAGCAGCAUCUACUGUCUAUGAUUUGUCACCCCUCAGACGCGCGAGGGAUGAGCCGCGUGCACCACGAAUGGGCUUUACACAUACCCUGGAAGCCCAGCAGCUUACCAACUCUCUUACCAGCAUUCAGGAGCUUGACUCGAUGAAUCUUGUCUCACCGUCCUUUUUUCAGGACCCCCCUCAAAGACAGGUCAAUUAUUCUGCAGAAAUGGAGUGGGAGCCAGCGCCACCGCAACAGCAGGUCUCCUCGCAUCGCGCUUUCAGCACUCAGGGCCAACGCAAGGCUCAGCCGUUUGGGGCUGCCCCAGUAGAACCCAAGAAGGGUCCGUUCUGGUACAAAGUCCCGCCGGCUCCAGUAACGCCUGCGCAGAGAGCAUUUAACCCUCCGAACCAACCAAGACUGAGACCAAGCCCGGUGCAAGGUCAAGAAAUCCAGUUCCGGGGCACUGGGACGCCCCAGAAGCAGUUGACUAACAGUCGGCACUAUGAGCCCGCGCCAGAAUUUGCUCCAGCAACCUUCUUUGCGCAGCCAGGUCCGGAUGACCCGAGAAACGAACUGACCGGCAUGUUUUCGGGCAGUUUCAGUCUCGAGCACGAGAGUCCGAAGGAAGAAAAGCCACAGUCGACAUGGCUUGGAAGAUUGCGGAACAGAACACCGGCAUCAAACAAGAAAUAG